AGGCGAGCGGGAGCAGGAAGUGGAGUGUGAGAUGGACGGUGUCGGUUUAUGUGCUAACAACAAACAGAAACAAAAUCAAAUGCUGCCGAAUAAAAUGCGAGGCGAAUUUACCAGAAACCAGAGGAAAGACUCCGAGGGUUUAUCCGAGGCUCCUGAUCUGGAGUUUGAAUAUUCAGAUGCUGAUAAAUGGACAUCUGAAUUAUCAGAGUUAUACAGUUACACAGAGGGACCAGAGUUUUUACUCAACAGAAAAUGCUUCGAAGAAGACUUCCACACUCAUUUGCCCGAUCAGAAGUGGACCGAGCUGGAUUCGGUUCAGCGCAGAGCUCAUGCCAUGCGUCUGCUGGACGGACUGGAAGUGAUCGGGAGAGAACGCCGCUUAAAAGUAGCCCGAGCCAUCCUGUACAUGGCUCAAGGAACAUUCGGCGAGUGUUCUUCAGAACUGGAGGUUCAGCAUUGGAUGAGGUAUAACGUCUUCCUGUUGCUGGACGUGGGAGCAUUUACUGCGCUGGUGGAGCUCCUCAACAUGGAGAUCGAUAACAGUGCAGCGUGCAGCAGUGCCGUCAGGAAACCUGCCAUUUCAUUGGCUGACAGCACCGACCUCAGGGUGUUGCUAAACAUCAUGUAUUUGAUGGUGGAAACCAUCCAGCGUGAAGAACCCACAGACAGCCCAGAGUGGAGGACCAUCAGAGAAACGUUCAAGUCUGAACUUGGUUCUCCUCUCUAUAACCAUGAGCCGGUCUCUGUUAUGCUGUUCGGGAUGGUGACCAAGUUCUGCAGUGGCCACGCACCUCAUUUCCCCAUGAAGAAGGUCUUACUGCUGCUCUGGAAGACCAUCCUGUUCACUCUGGGAGGGUUCGAGCAGUUGCAGUCCUGUAAGAUCUCUAGACGGGCAGCUCUGGGUCUCCCUCCUCUGCCGGAGGACAGCAUUCGGGUGGUGCGGAGCAUGAGGGCCGCGUCUCCACCCGCGUCUGCCUCUGACCUCAUCGAACAACAACAGAGACGUGCCAGGAGAGAACACAAGGCUCUCAUAAAGCAAGACAAUCUGGACACAUUUAAUGAGAAGGAUCCAUAUAAGGCGGAUGAUUCUCAUGAAGACGAGGAGGAAAACGAUGAUAAUGACAACUCUCUGGAGGCGGAGCCUUUCCCUCUGGAGCGUGAUGAGGUCAUGCCUCCGCCCAUCCCUCAUCCGCCUACAGAGAGAGUGUGUUUCCCUAAAGGCCUGCCCUGGGCUCCUAAAGUCAGGGAGAAAGACAUCGAGAGCUUCCUGGAGUCCAGCAGGAGUAAAUUCAUCGGUUACACGCUGGGGAAUGAUACAGAUACUGUGGUCGGUUUACCCAGGCCCAUACACGAAAGCAUCAAGACUCUCAAACAGCACAAGUACGUGUCCAUCGCUGAGGUCCAGAUUGCUAAAGAAGAGGAGUUUCAGAAGACGCCUCUGUCUGGCGGUGAGGAGGAGCUGGAGCUGUGCGCCACAGAGCUUCUCUAUCAGGGCAUUUUACCCAGUUUACCACAGUACAUGAUCGCUCUCCUCAAGAUCUUGUUAGCUGCAGCUCCUACAUCCAAAGCCAAGACUGACUCCAUCAACAUCCUGGCUGAUGUUCUGCCUGAGGAAAUGCCCACUACGGUUCUUCAGAGUAUGAAGUUGGGUGUAGAUGUGAAUCGCCAUAAAGAAAUCAUCGUCAAAGCCAUUUCAGCCAUUCUGCUGCUGCUGCUGAAACACUUCAAACUCAACCACGUCUAUCAGUUUGAGUACAUGGCACAGCAUCUGGUGUUUGCCAACUGUAUCCCACUGAUCCUGAAGUUCUUCAACCAGAACAUCAUGUCCUACAUCACUGCUAAAAACAGUAUCUCAGCUCUGGAUUUCCCUCAUUGUGUCAUUCAUGAGCUUCCAGAACUCACAGCGGAGAGUCUGGAAGCUGGUGAUAAUAAUCAGUUCUGCUGGAGGAAUUUGUUCUCCUGUAUUAAUCUCUUGCGCAUCCUGAACAAACUCACCAAAUGGAAGCACUCCAGGACCAUGAUGUUGGUGGUGUUCAAAUCGGCUCCCAUCCUGAAGAGGGCGCUGAAGGUCAAGCAGGCCAUGAUGCAGCUCUAUGUGCUCAAGCUGCUCAAAGUGCAGACCAAGUAUCUGGGCCGCCAGUGGAGGAAGAGCAACAUGAAAACCAUGUCAGCCAUUUACCAGAAAGUGCGUCACCGACUCAAUGAUGACUGGGCUUAUGGAAACGCAGAUCUGGAUGCUCGGCCAUGGGAUUUCCAGGCAGAAGAAUGUGCCCUGCGAGCAAACAUUGAGCGCUUCAACAGCCGCCGCUACGACAAGAACCAGAGCAACCCAGAGUUCCUCCCGGUGGACAAUUGUCUGCAGAGUGUUCUGGGACAGAGGAUUGAUCUUCCUGAAGACUUCCAGAUGAACUAUGACCUCUGGCUGGAGCGCGAGGUCUUUUCCAAACCCAUUUCCUGGGAGGAGCUUCUUCAGUGAAAAUAACCUUCACUACAUCAACAACACUACGCUUGCUAGAGUCCAGAACCGGGGACCAGUUGCUGACUCUGUAAAAUAACAGCACAUCUGUAUUAAACCUGCAGCUCUUUUUUUAGGUUUAUUGUUAUUAUUUUUGCUGCUUUUGAAUAUGAUCUGUACCUGAAUAUUAAACCUGAUGUUAUUGUGAAAGACUGUAAUUAUCCUGUAUGAGUGUUUUGAUGUGUUUUUCAUUGUAUGGCUUCACAUAGAAGUAUUAAAUGCAAUACAAUCUUA